AUGGAAGAAUCAUCUCCUACACUCAAAACCUAUAAAAUAACAGCUUCUUCCAUUUCUUACACCAAGCCCUCCACAAUCACCACCACCACCAUUGCAGCCAGCUUCCUCUUCAAACCCUGCACUGCACCACCACCCAACUACAUCCUCCGGGACGUUUCUCUCACCGCCUCUCCCUCCCAAAUCCUAGCCAUUGUCGGACCUAGUGGCGCCGGAAAAUCCACACUUCUCGACAUUUUAGCAGCUCGGACAUCACCAACAAGUGGCACAAUUCUUCUUAAUUCUUCACCUAUCAACCCUUCUUCAUUCCGCAAAAUCUCAGCUUAUGUUCCUCAACAUGAUCAUUGUCUUCCUCAGCUCACUGUGUCUGAAACUUUUGCCUUCACUGCUGGGCUUCUCCACCCCAAAACCUCCGACAUCGCAGCCAUUGUCGCUGCUCUUCUUGCUGAGCUCAGGCUUACACACUUAGCCCACACCCGGCUGGCUCAUGGCCUGUCCGGUGGUGAGCGACGACGAGUCUCAAUUGGCCUUAGUCUCCUCCAUGACCCUGCUGUGUUACUUCUUGAUGAACCCACUUCAGGCCUUGAUAGUUAUUCAGCUUUCAAUGUAAUGCAGACCCUCCGAUCAAUCACUAAAACUCAUCACCGUACUGUAAUCUUAUCCAUCCAUCAACCCAGCUUCAAGAUCCUUUCCACCAUUGAUAGAAUUCUCUUGCUGUCCAAAGGAACUGUUGUGCACCAUGGUUCUCUUUCCUCUCUUCAAGCUUUCUUACUCUCUAAUGGCUUCACAGUCCCUCAACAGCUCAAUUCACUAGAGUAUGCCAUGGAAAUACUAAGCCAGCUCCAUGAGAGUAAUCCCAUUACACCACCCUCACUUCCUCCAUCACCCAACGAUACCAUUCUCCCUCCUCCUGAAAAUAAGACAGUAGAAGUCAGAUACAAGAGCACAAGGAUUCAUGAGAUUAUCAAUCUUUAUAACAGGUUUUGGAAGAUCAUCUACAGGACAAAACAGCUGCUAUUGACAAACACAUUACAAGCUCUUGGAGUUGGUCUUGUUUUGGGAACUAUCUACAUUAAUAUCGGAUUCGACAAGACGGGGAUGGAGAAGAGACUAGGCCUCUUUGCCUUCACUCUCACCUUUCUUCUCUCCUCCACAACUGAAACUCUCCCAAUCUUCAUCAACGAGAGGCCGAUUCUGCUAAGAGAAACUUCAAGUGGGGUUUACAGGUUAUCGUCAUAUCUCAUAGCGAACACACUGGUCUUUUUGCCUUACUUGCUCGCCAUUGCAAUUGUCUACUCAGUCUCGGUCUAUUUCUUAGUGGGUCUAUGCGCUACAUGGCAAGCUUUUGCCUACUUUGUUUUGGUCAUAUGGGUUAUAGUUUUAAUGGCCAAUUCGUUUGUUCUCUUCUUAAGCUCCGUGGCUCCCAACUACAUCGCCGGAACUUCACUGGUAACGAUACUUCUAGCCGGAUUCUUCCUCUUCUCCGGCUACUUCCUAUCAAAGGACAGUAUGCCCAAAUACUGGGUAUUCGUGCACUACUUUUCAAUGUACAAACCUGCAUGGUCACUGGACGUGAUGUGCUGCAAAAGAGAGGACUCCAUGAGAGGCAGAGAUGGGCAAACAUCUAUAUCUUGAUCGGAUUCUUUGUGAUCUAUCGUGUGCUGUGUUUGAUAGUUCUGAUCCGAAGGAUUUCAAGAUCGAAGAAAUGAGAAUUUUCCGGCAACUAUGGAUUCAACAUCCUCUCUACUGGUUUGUUUCUUAUGUUUGUGAUCAAAAAGUGAAGCUCAUGCAUGUAAUGUCUACUUCUUUUUAAUUGUUCAAAUUAUUAAAAACAAUAAAUUGAGUAAUUGUGUAUGAAAACGUGA